GACCGUGACAUUGCUAAAGUUCACCCGCAUUCAAAUCACGAUGGCGCUGAAAACACCCGGGAGCGCGUCCUUAGUUUUAGUUUUAGUUAGUUUUACCACAUUGUUUUCCGCCCUCUCCGCGUACACCGUGCCGACCGCACAACCCCAAUCUCAAAGGGGGGCUGUCAAAUACUACAAUCAACCCUCGUACCAACCCGCCGUGCGGAAACCCACCGUCGCCCAAGCUCAUGUCCCUUACACGCACCAAACCCUGAAGCAAGGGGCCGUCCCCGCGGUCCCCGUUGUCCCUGCGAGUCCCGCCAAGGCAACGCCGAAGCCCGCCGUCGCGAACAAGUACUACCAACCGUACCAAUACCCGGUGCCGGUAGCCUCGCAGUACCAAUACCCGGUGCCGCUUAAGACCGUUCAACCGAGUGCAAAGCCCGCAAGCCCCAAACAGAAUGUGAAGCAAAGUUCGGCCAAGAAGAAGGUUACCCCGGUGCCAGCGAAUUAUUAUUAUCACCCGAGUGCCACGCAAAAUAAGUAUUACGCUCCCACCAACACGUACGUCGCCAAACCAGCAGUUACACAAUUUGGGACAAAGAAGUACGUAGUAUCAAACGGAUACGGUGGCACAAGGCAACUAAGUGAAGCAGAGCUACGUCAGAUUCUGCAACAGUACCAAGUUGCUAUCUUUGGUAACUACCCGUCAAACGGUACCGCACCUCAAGUCAUAUUCCUUCCCUCCGGCUAUCCGCAAGGUUACCCUCAGCCUCAACCCGGCUACCCUCAACCAGGAAGCGUUCAAUCACAAUACCCUCCUCCGAGCUACCCACCCUCUGGUUACCCGCAACCCUCUUAUCCACCUCCGUCAUACCCGCAGCCUGGAUACCCACAACCUGGAUACCCACAACCUGGAUACCCGCAGCCUGUAUUUCCAGAACAACCAGCUCAACCUGUUCAACCAGUAGAGCCAACGCCAUCACCGUUCCCAGAACAGCCAUCGACAUCGCCUGUGAAUCCAGGACAACCUUGGGAGACACAGCAGCCAGGCGAGCUUCCCCCAGAUCAGGUGUUCGUUGUACCAAGUGAGCAGACAGGUGGGCCAGAUUCUGGCUCCCCUGCACCGGAAGAAAUAUAUCCCCCCAUCGAGACAACUGGACCAAGUGGCCCCGAAACUGGACCAAGCGGCCCCGCAACUGGACCAAGUGGCGGAGACUCAUCAUCCGGAUCGCAGGAGCCAGAUAACUCAGGAGGAUACCAACCACCAGUUGGCCCUGUGGACGUUCUUGUUCCUGCUACUUCAACCGAAGGGCCAUCACCUCCAUAUCAGCCACCCAGCGAGCCGAGUCAACCUGAUUCCGGCGUGGUUUACCCCGGAGAACAACCAAAUCCCUCAACAACCGACGUAUCAUAUCCUCCAUCUCCCGAAGAACAGCCUCAGCCACCCUAUGGAUACCCACAGCCACCUCCACCAGAGUCUGUGUACACUGAAGCACCUCAACCUGCGCAAGUAAUUCCCGGUGAAGGUCAGCCAGAUGGUGGACAGGUGGUUUCACCUUCAGAGGGUUACCCGGGCUCCGGAUAUCCGGGAGAGGCACCAUCUCCAGGAAAUGAAGUUUAUCCAGGUGGGUCUCAACCACCGACUGGGUACCCCUCACCUGUAGAGCCAGCUCCUCAGCCUGGAACACCGGUUGAGUACCCUCCACCUGGACAGCCAGGCGCACCCGAACAAUCUACAUAUUCCCCAACUAUCGAUCAACUUGUGCCCGAGACAAGUCCUGAAUCGCCUGGACCCUCCGAGGGAGGAGCUGGAGCACAACCUCAACCAGUUGAUCCUUAUCCAGUUCAACCAGACAACCAGUACCCAGGAUCCUCUGAGCAAGGUGGACAAGGACAACCAGAACCUGCUGUAGUUCCACAGCCUGAUAAUUCUAAUAAUGAAGUAGUCCCAUCGGAAUUCACGAUGCCCGGUUUCGAGCCCAGUGAAAUCACCACUCCCUCUCCUGUUCCAGGUUAUCCUGACAACGGCGCCACAUCACAGCCAGAACCUUCAUCAACGCAAUCACCAUAUCAGCCGUCAACCACCCCUUCAGAGUAUCCUGCAGUAUUUCCAGGUUCUUCUGAAACCACCGAAAACCCUCCUGUUCAGCCAGGACAAGUAUAUCCAGAACCAGAACAGCCAUUGCCUGGAUACCCAGGAGUUGAGCCAGAGCAACCGUACCCGUCAUCAACUGAAUCUACGGUACAGCCAGGACCAGAGUACCCGCCCGUAUAUCCAGGAGAAGCAGGGCAACCUGGAGAAACUGGAUACCCCCCAUUGCCGUAUCCAGAAUACCCAGGACAAACAGGAGAACCUGGAUCAGCUGGACAGCCAGGAGAACCAGGGCAACCAGGACAACCAGGACAACCAGGACAACCAGGAUUCCCUGGAUCUUCCGAGCAGCCCGGAUAUCCGUCAGGAGAACCUGUAUAUCCCUCAGAACCAGGCACACCAGGACAACCAGGACAACCAGGACAACCAGGACAGCCUGAGCCUAGUCAACCUGUAUACCCAGAAUACCCAGAAUACCCAGGAGAGUCCGGUCAACCUGGAAGCCCAGGACAACCUGGAGAGCCCGGUCAACCUGGAAGUCCAGGACAACCAGGACAGCCAGGGUCCGGUCAACCUGGAUCCCCAGGAUACCCAGGAUACCCAGGAGAGGCCGGUCAACCUGGAAGCCCAGGACUGCCAGGGCCCGGUCAACCUGGAUCUCCAGGAUCUCCAGGAUCUCCAGGAUACCCAGGUCAACCAGGUGAACCUGGAUACCCGGGACAACCAGGACAGCCCGGACAGCCAGGUGGAUCUGGAUACCCUGGACAACCAGGACAGCCCGGACAGCCAGGUGGACCUGGAUACCCUGGACAACCAGGACAGCCCGGACAGCCAGGUGGACCUGGAUACCCGGGACAACCAGGACAGCCAGGUGAACCUGGAUACCCGGGACAACCAGGACAGCCCGGACAGCCAGGACAACCGGGUUAUCCAGGACAGCCAGGACAACCAGGACAACCAGGAUCGCCGUGCCCACCUUCUGGUCCAAUUGACCCCAAAGAUUGUAACAGCACAGACAACCCAUUAAUAAAAUACUGUAAAUCAGCCAGAGGACAAUUCUCAAUUGAUACCUCAUGUAAUAACUUCGUGAACUGCUGGGACUGCAUUGCUGCUGAGCAAGAGUGCCCCUCUGGACUUGUUUUCAACGAAGAAAAGGCACAAUGUGACUGGCCAUCAAGUACGUCUUGCGGAAGCCGACCAAUUACAUCCGCGGAAGGAAAUGGAUCUUCUUCACCUCCUUCUGACGGAAGUUCUGGUUCCGAAUGUCCCGACGGAACUUACAGAGGCAAAGAACAUUGUGGAGAAUUCUAUGUCUGCACUGGUGGAUACAAGUAUGAUUUUGUUUGCCCCGCGGGAACUGAUUUCAACUCUAACAUUAACAUCUGCGACUGGCCUUAUCGAGUAGAAUGUGAAGGCUUGCCAUCGAACCCGACCCCUGUUGAACACGAAAACUCGACCGAAAGUGAAGAUGGAUGGUCCUCCAGUGGGAACUCAACUAGCACUUCGACACCAGCCUCCGAAACCGUGACAUCAGCACCUCCGGCUGGAUACGUUCCUCCACCACCAGCAGGAGUUGACCCAUCAAGAUACUACACUUACUACUUCAACAAAUUCUACAACCCCAAGAACUUCGGACCUCAACAGACCUACAGGCCUGUGCAGAAGUAUCAGACCGGACAAGUAUACAGACCAGUUCAGGCCUACACACAAGCUCACGCCUACACACAAGCUCAGGUUCAAAAGACCCAGACAGCAUACAGACCUCCGCAAGCUUACAGACCAGCACAAGCUGCGAAGCCCACUCAGGCUCACAAGUCUCAGCCGGCUUACAGACCUCAACAAUCCUACAAACCUCAGCAAUCAUACAAACCACAGCAGGCAUACAAACCAACACAAAACUAUAAACAGACACAGUACAAACAACCCCAAGUCUACAAACCGACGCAAAACUACAAACAAACACAGACCAACAAGCAGGGCUACAAACCUACACAGACUUUAAAAGCCACGCAGACCUACAAGCCAGCGCAGGCUUACAAACCGCAAGCCUACAAACCAGCGAAGACCCAAAAACCCACGCAGAGCUACGUCAACAGGAGAUACCUUACCAGAGAAGUUACCACUUUGGUCAACUCAGGGCGAAAAUGUAAUAGCUCAAAGGUUUACAAGUUGAACCCUCACUGCUCAUCCGUCAGCUUUUGCCGAUCCGGGUCUAUGUACGUGCUGAACUGCGCCGCUGGCUCCAGUUACGAUGCCAAAUACAGAGGCUGUGUGCCAAGAUCAAAAGCACGGUGCUAAUUGACAACGAAAUUGCUCCGUGAUUGAAUCUCCUCCGAUUUCACUAGAGUCCACGAGUCUUUUUUCGGCAUAAGUGGACUUUGCCGUGAUGUUUUAUAGACUGAGUUUUCUUUUAAACACUCUUGUAAGAUCAACUUACUUGAUAAGGAUUCUGAACUGUAUUUAUUAAUUUUAAUUCAUUGAUCUAUUAGAAAAUUCAACUUUUGUCAAAUGAGCCAAUAUGGGCUGUUGGACGACUGAAUAACGUUCUCUGAUAAGUUGGUUGACAAUCGUUGAAAUCCUUGCUUUAGAGAAUAUCACGUUGUUCAAAUGGACAAUAUUAUAAUUUAUUAGAUAGGUUUUUGUGCGGGUUUACUUGAUUAUUGAGAGAUGUGUCAAUGCUACUAUUUUCUCAAGUCAAAAUUGAAUGCAAACAAUUUUCUCUAAAGUGAAUGUUUCACGAUUAAUUGUGCCAUACACUUCAUUCUUAGGUUCUUAUUUUGAAGUUUGAUGAGAUUGGAUUUUGCACUAUUGAGGGUUAUAAGUUGCCUUCGGUUUGCUGGUGGUUAGAUCGGAAGUCUGUCUUAAACCUGAAACCACCUAUGCAAAAACCUUGAAUCAUCAACAUUUGAUUUCCCUCAUUUAGAGAAGGAGAUAAUCAUUCUGUGAAUGGCGAGAUCUCAAGCACUUUUCUCUCUAGUUUUUUCAGGAUCGUUAUUGACUUAGAACAAUUCUCAUAUUAAUGGCAUAGCCAUAUUUUUUAGUGCCCCAUCAGGAAUAAGUUAAAACUGAAUGUGAAAUUCUCCCACCAAAAUUAUCAGGAAAAACUCUAGCUUUUAUUUGCUCGUACUUGCGUCUUAUCAAAUAUGAUGAAAAAAUAAAGGAUUAAUUACAUGUAAAUACAAUUCUCUGUUUAGCAUCUUUUUGACGUAUACGGUUUUAGAAUUGAUAACAAAAAGGAAUCAUCAGUAUACUUUCUCAUCGAAAUGUCCCUAACUAUCUGCAGUCUGGGAAAAAACAGUGACGUAAAUGAAUGUUUAAUAUGUAACUAAUUUGUGAAUAGAUGUUGCAUGAAUUAAAAAUUGAGUGGCUUUAAAUGUUGCAUAAGUGUGUAAGUUUAUAUGAAUGUGAAUGUAAAAAUACAAAGGAGUCAGUUUGUACGCUCAUUAUGAGUUGCUCAAAAUAAACUUGUGAUUGCAGAAAA